AUGCCUGGUAUUCGUAAUGAUAUUGUUAUGGAUAUUGUAAGAGUAUUUUCGCUCACACCAAAAAGUGACAGAGAAUAUAUACAAAAUGUUUAUCACAGCCUGUACAAUCAAAGUUUGUCAGAAAAAUUGGAUGAAUAUUUGAGUGCCGAAUCAAAUGAUAUUAAAAUGUUUAUUCAAGAUUUGGCAUUGGGACCAAGCUAUUUUGAUGCUAAAUUGCUUUAUGAUGCCAUUAAUAAUGAUAUUUCGAAUGCUGACGAUGUAUUGGUUGAAAUAAUGAUAUCAAGAAGUUAUCAAGAAAAACAAGAAAUCAAAAAAGUAUAUCAAAAUGUUCUCAAAAAAGAUCUCGAAAAACAUUUAAAAGAGAAAUUCACUGAAGAUUUUCUAAAACUUCUAAUAUCACUUUCUAUUGGCCUUCGAGAUAAUUCGACUUUUGUUAACUUCUAUUUAGCUCAUUGUGAUGCUGAAAGAUUAUAUUCAUCUGGAGAAGCUCAAUUUUUUGGAACUGAUGAAUCAGUUUUCAAUCAGAUUUUUGUUUCUCGAAACUUUGCACAUCUUCGACAAGUUUUUGAAUAUUAUGAAAAAGUGAGCAGACUUACAAUCGAGAAAUCGCUAGAAAACGAGUUUUCUUCUAGUAUUUUACACGGUCUUUUACAACUCACUCGAUAUACUCGGAACAAAUCGAAAUAUUUUGCUGAUAAACUUGAAGAUAAAGAUUCAAUGUUGCGUAUUUUCCUAACUCUUUCGGAGAAUGAUUUAUAUGAAGUGAUUGAGGAAUAUGGUGGAAUUGAAAAAAUUAUAAAAUUGAUUGAAAGAAAAAUACCUCAAGAUUUUGGAAGAAUUCUGCAUUUGUUUGUAGUUUUAAAAACUUUUAAUAAAUGAUUUAUAGAUGAAUGAAUGUUGUGUUUAUUCAAAGGUGUUCUGGCAUUUUUCUGAUUCCAAGAAAUAUUUCGGUUUUGCGGAUUCCUGAUCUGAUUAAACCCUGCCAUAGCUUCAAUUUGAUUUGCUCUGAGCUUAUAAACUUUGUGGUUUCCAAUUUUAUUUUUCAGAUAGCUUGAAGUAAAUUUUCGAACACAUUCCUAUUAAUUUUCUGGAAAUCUGGCCCAUUCUGAAUCUUCUCGACCUUUUUUUAGAUCAAAUUUUCCCUUCCCGCUUUCGAGAGCCACGUCGAUGUCUCAAAGUCAUUAAACAUGUGAAAAUUUCUAGCUUAAAACCAGCGUCUGAAGAAUAAUUUUCUGAAAAAAAAAAUGAUACAACUUUUUCAAAUCUUUCUUGCCAACUGUUUUUUAUUAUUUGCUCUCUCAAUUUCUGAAUUUCAUAGCCAAUACAGAGCUGAUCAAAUCAAUAGCGACUUGCUUGUCAACAAAAUAAGUCAAUGGAGACAUGUUUAUGAGAUAUUGGCACAAUAUACGAAUGAUGAGCGACAAGUAAUCGCAUUACGGUAUAAAGAUAGUUAUGGUGAAGAAUUGAGGGAUGUUUUGGGAAGAGCUAUGCAACAAUAUGAACUUGCACUUGCAUUAAUUGACAGACCCAUAGAAUAUGAUGCUAGAUUAUUAUACAAUGCUAUUAAUAGACCUGGAACUGAUGAAGAUGUUUUGAUUGAAAUAUUUAUAACAAGAAAAUAUGAAGAAAUUAUGGAAAUUCGAAAAGAAUAUAAAGAAACUUAUGGAACAGAUCUUUAUAAUGAUUUGGAUGAUGAUCUUUCAGGAAUGUUUAAAUAUUUCAUUUUUUCGAUUGCUGGUUAUAAUGAAAAUCGAGUUAAGGAUAAUUCUACUGAUAUUGAAAAAGCAAAAAAAGACGCUUUGAAUUUGAUGAAUCCUUACAACACAACUCAAUGUAUUUGUUUGUUAAGUUCAUUGAAUUUGAAUCAACUUCGAUUAAUUUUCGAUGAAUAUCAAAAACUAUCAAAUCAGCCUAUCGAAACUCUUCUGAAUAAUGAACGCGAUGAUGAUCUCCGUUCUGGUUUCUUGCAAAUUGUCAAAGUUGUUCGAGAUACUCCAAAAUAUUUUGCUGAGAAAUUAUAUAAUGCUGUUGCUGGAUUUGGAACUGAUAAUGAUGCAUUGAGGAGAAUUAUUGUGACUCGAUCCGAAAUCGAUUUACCAAAAAUUAUGAGCGAAUUUACGAAACAGCCAUGGAAAAUGUCACUGAGGGAUGCAAUUUGGGAUGAGGAUAUUACUAAUUCUCAAAUUUCACUUACGGAUUUUCUGGAUAAUUAUCAUGGUUACACUUCAAAAGUAUGA